GAACAGAGAAGAAGAAAUGCACGGCUGAUCCUCUCUGUUGUACAGUGAACACAGACCAAACCAAACAGUGCAGGUGGCGUGCUGUAAGGGGUCACUGGGACCAAUGUUCGUGGUGAGGUGCAUUGUGGGAACAUCUGCAAAGUCUCUGAGACAACGGAUCAAACUGCAGAGCAGGAUGUCCACUCUGCCUCGCCCCUUGGCUGCGGUUUGUCAGGUGACAGCCACCCCGGACAAACAGGCCAACCUCUCUGCCUGCAAAGAGCUGGUGGAGGAAGCCAAGGCUCGGGGCGCCAGCGUGGUUUUCCUACCCGAGGCCUUCGACUACAUCGGAUCCAGUCGAGAGGAGACGCUGUCUCUGUGUGAGAGCCUGACGGGAGACACGAUGUCACAGUACACUCAGCUGGCCAGGAAGUUGGAAGUGUGGCUCUCUUUAGGAGGAUUUCACGAACGAGGACAUGACUGGGAAUCUGAUCGAAGAAUCUACAACAGUCAUGUCGUAAUAAAUGAUAAAGGUGACAUCGUUUCAGUCUACAGGAAGUCCCAUUUGUUCGACGUGGAGCUGCCAGACAAAGGCGUAUCCCUUAAAGAAAGCGCAUUCACCAUCCCGGGACCUUCGCUUGUAUCCCCGGUCCAAACUCCCAUCGGCAAGGUCGGACUUGGUAUCUGCUAUGACCUGAGAUUCCCCGAGUUAUCUCUGGCUCUUCAGAGGUCCGGAGCUGAAAUUCUGACUUACCCAUCAGCCUUCACUGUGGCUACAGGAGCCGCUCACUGGGAGGUGCUACUGCGUGCGCGGGCGAUCGAGACGCAGUGCUUCGUCUUGGCGGCGGCGCAGGUCGGCCGGCACCACGAGAGGCGCUCGUCGUACGGCCACGCCCUGGCGGUGGACCCCUGGGGGGAGGUGCUGGGGGACUGUGGGGGGGAGAAGCCGGGGAUGAUGCUGGUGGAGAUCGACCCGGAGAAGGUGGCGAGCACCAGGAGGAACAUGCCGGUCCAACAGCACCGCAGAGACAAGGACUUCUAUCAGAGUGUGGAGGAGACAUGAUGACAGGAGGAGA